UGUGGCACAGCGUAUAACUUGCACCACGACCGCCACCACUCUUUUCCUUGUUGCCCACACACAAACCUCCUCCAGCAUCUUCCAAGGAUUCAUGUGGGCUUCUCUGACCACCGCCAGCAGCAUCCGAUUUCUACGCUGCUGCCGUAUUUUCCUGCCACCUGUACCCGUAACUCCUUUCUCUCUGCACCCUCGGAGUCCUCCUCCUGCUCUAGGUUUCAUGGAAAAGGCAAAUGCCACCAGCUCUAAUUUCGCUUCUUUUGCCCAUUCCAGUAGAAGCGGUGGAAGAGGAAAGGGUAUGGAGACGAGAAAUGAUAGAGAGAAAUCAAGAGGGCUUGGGGGUGGUGGCUCUGGCAAAGAUAAGAUUGAUGCUCUUGGAAGGCUAUUGACACGUAUUUUACGCCAUAUGGCCUCUGAGUUGAAUUUGAAUUUGCGGAGUGAUGGUUACGUGAAGGUUCAAGAUCUUUUAAAGCUGAAUAUUAAGACUUUCGCUAAUAUUCAGUUAAAAUCACACACCAUUGAUGAUAUCAGGGAGGCUGUCAGAAAGGAUAAUAAGCAGCGUUUCAGCCUCAUGGAAGAAAAUGGGGAACUUUGGAUACGUGCAAACCAAGGCCACACAAUAACAACAGUUGAGUCGGAAAGCUUGUUGAAACCAAUCCUUUUAGCUGAAGAAGUUCCAGUGUGUGUACAUGGAACCUAUGCGAAGAAUUUGGAAUUGAUUCUGGAGUCUGGUCUGAAACGCAUGAAAAGAUUGCAUGUUCACUUUUCAUGUGGCUUGCCAACAGAUGGGGAAGUAAUAAGUGGUAUGAGACGGGAUGUUAAUGUGUUGAUCUUCCUUGAUGUCAGAAAAGCUUUGGAAGAGGGAAUGAAGCUUUACAUUUCAGACAACAAUGUUAUUUUAACUGAAGGUUUCGAUGGGGUUGUGCCGGUCAAGUACUUUGAAAAGAUAGAAUCAUGGCCAGACAGGAAACCCAUCCUCUUUUGAACCUGUAUCAGAUUAGGAGUCUAUUUUCCUUCACUCGUGUUCAUUCAAUGAGAUAUGUAGUAGUUUUCAUUUGGUCAAUUACUUUAUCAAUAAAAAUCUUUGUUUGUC